AUGAAGAGAACGGCGGCGGCGGCGGCGGCGGCGGCGAAGAGCGGGAGAGCGAGCGACGAGGACUGAGAGGAGCAUGCCGAUGUCCAGGUGAUGGCGCUCGUAGAGCUGUCGAUGUUUUCCGGGAGAAACGCGAUCUCCCUCUGCUCUGCCUCCAUUCGCUCGUUCCGCUUUCGCAGUUCGCGUGCUAUUUCGAGCAGGGCUCCUAAUCCAUCAGCGAGCUGCGCGCGCGGCGAAUCUGGAGCCGGCGGCGGUUUCGGGAGGCUCCGCGAUGCCGUGUCCCGCUUCGACGCGAUCGUCGAGAUGCGACCUCUGCCUCCCAUGGAGGAAUUCAGCCGGGUGCUGUCCGUCGUGGUUCGGAUGAGGCAUUACUCUGCCGCCGUCGCUUUGAUCGAGGAGAUGGGUUCUCGCGGGGUGGCCUUGAAUGUCUACAUCUGGGGGAUCCUGAUGAACUGCCUCUGCCGCUUGAGGAGGGUGGAGCUGGGUUUCGCCGUUCUGGGCAGGGUCUUGAAGCUCGGGUUCGAGGCCAACUCGGUGAUGCUGAACACGCUGAUCAACGGGCUGUGCGAGGGUGGAGAGAUAGAUCGGGCGGUGAGGCUGGCGGACGAAAUGGGAGACCAUGGGUUGAGGCCCAGCGCGUAUACGUAUGCGGCCAUUCUGAAAGGCGCGUUGGGGAAGGGGGAUAGAGGUCUGGCGAUGGAGUUGCUGAGAAAGUGGGAAAGGCAGAAUUCCAGGCUUAAUGUGGUCGCGUACAAUACUGUGAUCGAGGUUCUCUGUAAGGACGGGUUGGUAUCAGAGGCCUUGAGCCUCUGUAAGGAUAUGGUCGGUAGAGGUGUCGAACCGGAUGUCAUCACCUACAAUUCCUUGAUCUGGGGUCUAUGCUAUUUAGGCCGGUGGAGAGGAGCUCUCGCUUUGUCGAUCAAGAUGGUUGGGAAAGGCGUCCAGCCUGAUUUGUUGACUUACAGCUGCUUGAUUCACGGCGCGACUCGUCAGGGUCGGUGGAGAGAAGCUCUAGUUUUGUUCGAGCAGAUGGUGCGGGAAGGCUACGUGGCGGAUGCUGUUACUUAUACCUCGUUGUUUGAGUGUCUAUGCAGUUCUGGUAAACGGGUAGAGGCUAGAAGGUUGUUGAUUGAUAUGAUGCAAAGGAGGGUAAUCCUGGAUGUUCAAACUUUCUCCCCUGAGGUCAGGGCACUUUGUAUGGAAGGGAUGCUAACCAAAGCAAAAUGCGUCAUUGAUGGGAUGAGUCAAGGAGGUGUAAAGCCUGAUGUAGUUACAUCGACAUAUUAAUGGAUGAUUGUGUUGUCUUACGCAUCAAAUUAUGCUAAGCUGCUCAAACUGGUGGUGAACAAAACUGCUUGCCUGAUGUUAACACUGAAAUAAAUGCUUACUGUAAUGCUAGAAAGUUCGAUGAGGCAAUAGAGCUCUUCACAGAAAUGCCUGAGGAGGGUUCGAUUGCAAAUGUGUCACAUAUGACACUCUGAUCGGUGGCUUAUUCCAUGCUGGCAGACCCGAAGCUGUAGCAAAGCUAUUUGAUUAGAGGCAAGCUGCUGGCCUGCUUCCAGACAUUUUCACCUAUAUUCUGCUGGACGGCUUUUGCAAAACUCAGAAGCUUGACAAACUGUAUGAUGCACGGUUGCAACCGUUGCACAUUAAAUAUUCUUGUAGAAAGCUUAUGUAAAGAAGGGAAAGAAGGGAAGCUAGACAAAGCCCAAGAGUUGCUUAAAGACACCUAACGGAAUGGAUGCUCUCAUGAUGCUGCCACUUACAACACUUCAAUUAGAGGAUAUCUGAAAAAUUAUGAUUACUUAAUGGCAGGGCAACUUCUUGUCGAGAUGGUCUAGAAGGGUUUCUCUACUGAUGCAUUGACAAUGGAGUUGCUUUUUGAUUUGUCAUCUGGCAAUGAAGUUGAUCCUGAUCUCUUACAACUGAUAUGGAAGUUCUUGUGAACUUUGCUGGUCUCAAGUCUGUGAGCCUGCUGUAAAAUAGAUUCACACUUGAUAUUAAGUCCAAGCAACCCUGGUCAGAAUUUUGUGUAUGCGGGGUUACGUGUAUAUGGUCCAAUACUAUUUGGAGAGACGCUUCAGUUGCAUAUGAUAUUGAUAGUCUUGUUACAUCUGCAAACAGCAACGGAUGGUCUAGGGGUAGAGAAUUGCGUGUAAAAUGCAUGCUAUCAUGAUCAUGUUAUCAGACUCGCAGAAAAUCAUAAUGAUUUGUGGAUGGAUGAUUCGGGAGGCGUCACCUGAAUGGUGUGGAUCGCAUUGGCAUCUCUGUAGAGCAGUCUAGUUUAUCCAAAUUUUGAAUUAAGUGAAUAUGUUGUGAGAAAGAUUUGUUCACUUAAGGGAGUCCAAAUAUCACUAUCAGGGUUGGAAGGAACACUACAAUGUGAAGAGCAUUACUGGAUAAAAAUUUCACUUUCUUUGCCAUGUCUGGCAUAGCGCUGAGGCUUUUUUGACUGUGGACUGUUUUGCUUUUGAAGGGCUUUACUGAAGUGUGAUAUCGUCCUUCAGAUUCCUAGCUUGAUAUGGUGUAAGUUGCCAAGAAAACAAUCUACCACGAUUCAUUAUUGUGGCGCCUUUGUCUAUUGAAGCCGAGUCGAUUAACCUUAAAAAAGGGUCGUAUCAACAUCAGAAGGAGAAUUCCUCAUGGCUUGGUCCUCAUUCCAAACAAGAUUUCAUCUCCUCGUAGCAGAUCUAUCAAUGGCGGGUGAGGUCGUGGAGCAGCCUGCAAUCAUUUCGAAAGCUUGCAUUCUAGUGCUCUCGGUGCAGAAAUUGGAAUGACAGCUCUCUGACAUUCUCGGUGCAUAGCUCUCUGUAACUCUGGCUCUCAUCAGCUGAAAAGAAGGUGAAGGAACCGAGACACGAUCCAAGCUAAUUUAUGAUCAUAUGCUUGAAUGAAAUUGCUAUCAAUGAAA